AUGAUGAGAAUCGUGUUUUUUGCUUUGAUAUUGUCGACAACGUUUGUACACGCCGACGAUCCGAAGGAAUUGGUGGAUUGUGCAAUCAAGGCAGAUUGCGAUGAUGAUGAAUACUUAAAUAUUGAUUUAAAUGGCACCGAUUUAUCGGUAUCAUCGAUCUCCAAACUUGUGCCUCAACUCAUCGCUGGAAAAUCGCAAAGUACCAAAGUCAACCUCAGCCUAAUCGUGCUCUCCAUCAACUACUCGCUAUAUUUUGAGCUUAGUGCUUGGUCUUUUGAUAACAGCAUUGAAACGACAGCUGCCAGCAUCCUAUCAAUAAGCACUACAGCAUUGGAAGCUGGAGUAUCAGGACAAGUCAUGAAAAUCGCGUUCAAUAUCAAUAAUGAAGCUGCUCUAUCGGUCUCUUCCUGUAGUCUACUGUCUGAUGUGGGCACAAUCUACUUGCGAGUGACGACGUUAACCAACUUCAACUGUACUAUCACCCCCACUUCCCUACCUAUGGCCGGGAAUUAUUCCUUACAAUGUGACGUGAAAGUGGAUGGCGAAUCAAUGACGUUGGUAUAUCCAAAAGUUAUUCGAGUAGAAGAGGCACACGAGACUUCACCGGCCGCGACAACGCAAGAAAGCACGACAACAUUGUCUCCGACCUCAACAACCGCUUUUUCAUCUACCUCCACGAGUCAUGCUGCCUCUCUCGCAAUGAUGAAAUUUAACAACGAUCUGCUUGGCUUGACAAUAACUACAGGCACUAAUGAAACAUUCCCAGUUGGAAAUUUUAAUUGUACAACGGUUAUUGCCGAUCCAGCUCGGCUUGGUGUCAACCCGUCUUGUAUUGGAAUGAGAGACUACAUGCUCGUCACCUUCGGCACCGGAGCCACUCUAAUGCCUGGGCAGCAGAUGACGCUAAGAACCUCCAUUUUCACAUCCCAAUAUUACGCCGUAAUGCCGACACUUAUCGUCCAGGGCCCGGACAAUGCGACAGCUCCAAGUUUUGUUGUUGAUGCCCCUUCUACCGUAACAACUUGCCUCCCCAGCUUCAACAUAAACCUAAAGCAGCUAUCAGGGCAUGGUGGACGGGAUUUGACGUUUAGCUGGAGCUCGAUUGCUGGCCAGUCCGCAUCCCUGUUGUCAUCUGCACUGGCCGCAAAUUCGGGGCGCAACAUCACAAUCCCGACUUCAAAUAUGUCCGGAAAUACCACGUUAGCUGUGACGGUUUGCAACUAUCUCCCAAAAUGUCGUACUGUUGACAAUAUCACAGUGAUGAUAGAUACGAAUGCAGUGGCGGUGUUCGACAUGGAGAUUUCUGGUUCCGAGCUCGUCUAUCCGUCAAUGCGUAUUUUAUUAGAAGGAGUUCCCGCCUUUACAUAUUGCGGGGCCAAAUCAGCUAUUUCACCUUCGGAUACACAUUACACCUGGUAUGAGAACGGGACCAUGAUUGCUCGUACCGGAAAUUAUCGGAUUGCUCCGUUCCGCUUUGCUGUUGGAGACGUGUUUGCCGCCGCACCUAUAGUCGUUGUUCUCGAUUCUUCCCAACUUACUGUUCCUUCAAACCAACCAUUCACCAUUGACGCCAGCAAAUCGUACGAUCCCAAUACAGUGGAAGGAAUUAUCGGUCACUCAUGGUCAUGCUUCAAUCUCACCUCCAACACGUCUUGCCUAAUGCAAUCUCUUGUAAACUGGAACACACAAAAGCUCUAUGUCCCCGCAACGUAUUUGACCGAGGAAAUGAGCUUUAUCUUCACCGAUUCGCUAAAUGCAUCUGGGCUGAACGCGACGGGUUCUACGACAGUAUCUGUUAUCAAAGCCAACACGCCCAAGAUUCGCUUUGUCGCCUUUACGAAACCGAAAGUAAACACUGGAGAUUACAUAAGAAUCCAAGCUUUUGUGAGCAGCACUGUUGGAGCGCUAAAUACGUCCUGGUCGGCCGUUACCAGCGAUAAGUAUGGGUACCUCAAUCUUCAAGCCAUCGUCUCGCAAACCUGGAAGACGUUCCCGGAAGAUGCCACUCAAUUAGCAUCAGAAGUUUUGGUUUCGCUGACGAUUCCACCGGCUGGGGCCAAUGCAAGCUGGCUAGGGCUACAGUCUGGCACAAAGUAUGCAGUUCUACUGUCUGCCUCAAAUGAUGCUGGCGCGGCAUCAAGUGUUUUUGAAUUCUUAACAAAUUCUGCACCAAUCCCUGGGACGCUUGAGAUCACACCGCCUGGCGUGAUAACUGCUCUAACGGAUCAAAUAAUGUUUGCCAUGGGUGAUGACUGGAUCGAAGACGAUAAGCCGCUAUUAUUCAGAUUUGGGCUGAAGACACUAAAUAUUGACAACACCUCGGAGCUAACGUGGACUACACAAUCUAUGAAUUCGCAGCACUCCACCUAUCUGGCAUCUGCCGGCGCUCCUCCAAAUGCUGGAUGUAAUCUCAGAAUAGCCUAUACUGCAUUAAUGGAAGUUUGUGAUCAAUAUUCCGCAUGUACCACUAUCGAAUCCCCACAAUUUACCGUCGUCCCUCCGAAGAAUUUGUCGGUAUGUGUGUCCAAUCUUUUAAAUGCUAUUGCUUCGGAUAUGGUUAAUGAAAAUGUCUAUCCGGCACUGGAAAAAUUGGAAGCAAUUACCGAUGAGCAAUGCAAUAUCAGCUUGACACCAGAUACAAGUAGCCGAAUUGCUCUGGCAUUGUUGGAUAAUUUGGAUGAUUCCAGCUCAAACGAGGAAUACCGACAAGUUCUCGACUCGGUGACCCAACUGCUUGGAAGCGUUGAUAGUUCUGUAAUGCAACUGAUGUCAACUGCGAUAAGCCGCUACCAAAUGCGCCUAAUGCCGACCGUAACCAUACCGAGUACACGAAGAAAACGCGAUGUAGCUGUAACCUCAACGAUAGACAAUAAUGAUGCGGAUAUGCUGGCCAUUUGGGAUCGUAUGCUGCAGAAUGGCCCGACCACUAUCUCCACCUAUUUUCUAACGAUUGAGAGCAUUUUGACAAAUUAUUGCACUCAACUUGAUGACACGUCAGAUCGACUUUUGACUGCACAAGGAGAAAAAUUCACAUUUGUGCAAGCGCAAGCAUUGGGGGCAUCGGAUCCAGCUAUGAUCAACCAAAGUUUUGCUCUAGCCGGACCGAAUCCGGAGAAAAUUAUAAAAUUCGACGAUUUGUUCCGCACAAAUUUUGCUAGUUGGAACUGCGAUGAUGGGUCGACUCUGUGUGACUACGCUUGUCUAGCCUCAGCCAAUAUUCUCUCUUCUUUGUUUUCAAUAAACGCCAAUUUCUCCUCAUAUUUCUUUGAUCACCAAUAUUCAUUUUUAACGGCUAAUAAGUCGGCUUCAAAUAUUUAUCGGGUGUCAAUCAAAGACCCGAUUAGUGGUUCCGACGUCAGUUUGAUUGGUUCUUAUACAAUUCUGGUCCCAUUGACGUCCUAUAAGCCAUCGAAUUAUUAUAAUUGCUUCAUCUUCGCCUCAAGCACGUGGAACCAAAAAGUGUGCUCCUCUGGGAACUUUGCCACGGUAAUUUCGGGAAACAAUUAUCUAUCGUGUACUUGCACAGCUACCGGCAUAAUUGGGGCCUUUAUCGUCAACCCACCAAAUCCGACCCCGGUACCUAACUAUAAUGAAAUUUUGAUCGAAUUCUACCUGAGUCCAAAUACAACCACUCUCACGACAGCAGCCGCUACAACAUUCUUAAAUCGACUGUCCGUCGCUUCUGGAAUCGAUCGCACGCGUUUUGUAGAGCCACGAAAUUCACAGGGAAUGAUUGGAGGUGUGCUGCGUCCGCCCUUCUCGCCUGACCAAUUAACCAAUGCUUAUGCAAUCCAAGCCAUUCUCCGGGCAGUUGAUCCGGCGUCAGGCCAAAAACUGCUCGAUUCAAAUGCGAAAAUUGCCAACACUACCUGGACGGCAAUACAGCGAAAUCUCACUGGGGACACAAAUGCCCGAAAAAUUAUUUCUAAAAUUGACAAAUCCUAUUCGACAGUCGUUGGCAAUAAUACAAGUCUAUCAUCGAAAUGGGUCACGAUUAUAGCCCAGACUUUGCGAAUAUCGGAAUAUCGCAUUAAAAAUGCCCAGAUAUUUCAAGGAAUUGUUUUUAAUUUUACUUUAACCGUGCCAUUUGAUUCUGAAACUGAGCCAUUAACAGCUGAGGAAAUAUCCGUGAUGUUGCUCGAAUCAACAGAAUAUGGCGAACUAACGCUGACUUCCGCCAUGGGAGAUGUUAUUGCUUUACCUGCACUUACACAAUCAGAUGUUGUGAUAUUAAUGGUACUUGAAUCUUCAAACGCGCUGGCUAUCGGAAUCGUGUCUAGCAUAUCAUUAGCAGUCGGCUUGGCUACGAUUUAUGUUUUUGGGGCCGUAUAUAUGAAGCUGAGGACGGAUAAGCUGAUUCAGGAGGAAAGGGAGCGGGUAUUGAUGGCUACUCCUACAGUACCCCCACCCCCACAGUAUCCUAUGGCUGUCGAACAACCUCCACAUUUGCCCGGCAAUACUGCCCAGCGUCGUCGCGGUCGAAAUGUUUCUGUCAGACAUCGA